AUGCAGCUCGUUCUUUCUUUGACGGCCCUUCUGGCCACCCUCUCAAUGACCCUGUCUCUCUCCGGAGAGUUCGUACAGGCACGGCCUACGGAACGCGAGGUCCGGUUGGUUACGCUUCCGUUGAAGCGAGUGCACCAAGCUCGUACUGACAUUCAUCCCCAAGUAUUCUUGCAGCAGCACAUCAAUCGUGGCCUCAAGCGCUAUGCGCGCAUGACUGGUCGUAUGGAGCCUUCUCCCCGCGAACUCGAGGAGAAACUCCACAAGCGCAUGUACAUCCCACCGACCUUGAGGCAUUCUCGUCAUAACAAGCGUUUCAACCGUGGUGGCCUUCCAUCGCAUGCCACCGUUGAGGUCGUCGAAGCGGAAGAUGUCAUCGUAGCUCAUGACAGCGCGACAGGAAAGAACAAGUCUGCCAAUAAGAAGGGUAAUUCCACCACCGGUGCUUCUGCUUCCGCGCCCAGUGCAUCAGCUUCUCAGGGUGGUGCCGGUAUCCCGGAAGUGGACGUUCAGGCCGCUGAGAACGGCGGCUUGACUGCUCCAGAGAAUCCAACUGCGAAUAACUCUCUUGGUCUUAGCAUCGAAGCAAACGACGUCGGAUAUAUCGCGACGAUCCAGAUGGGAACACCUCCCCGAGACUUCAAGAUUCUCAUGGAUUCUGGCUCUGCAGAUCUGUGGGUAGGCUCUGAGAACUGUCAAACCGAAGGCACAAACACCGGCUGCGGCAAUCAUACCUUCCUCGGGUCCCAGAGUUCAUCCACUUUCAUCGACACCGGAAAGCAGUUUGAAGUCACAUACGGUACUGGUCAGGUCCAGGGCGACAUUGUUACCGACAACAUCAAUGUGGCCGGACUUGCGCUCAACAACCACACGUUCGGUGUGGCGAACGUCGAAAGCACGGACUUCUCCAGCGACACGAUUCCUUUCGACGGUCUCAUGGGCCUAGCAAAGUCUAACCUCUCUGAGGAGCAGACCCCGACUCCUGUGGAAUCCCUCGCCCAGGCCGGCCUCAUCAGCGAGGCCAUCACGUCUUUCAAGAUCUCCAGACUCUCUACGCCCCCCAACGACGGCGAGGUGACGUUUGGUGGGUUGGACACGACCAAAUUCAAUGCUAGCACGCUCGUUACUUUUGCCAACGUCAAUGCGGAGGGCUUCUGGGAGGGUAACAUGACCACUGUUACCUCGAACGGACAGGACCUCGGCCUCACCGGCCGCACGGCCAUCUUGGAUACCGGCACCACCCUGAUCAUUGCUCCCGAGGCGGACGCGACUGCGGUCCACCAGACGAUCCCCGGUGCGCAGUCUGACGGCCAGGGUGGAUUCACGAUCCCGUGCACAUCAAACACGACAAUCGCACUGAGUUUCGGCGGCGAAUCGUUCGCCAUUAACCCGGUAGACUUGUUGUUCACGCCUGUCGACGUGAACAACCUCCAGGGCAACUGUGUGUCCGGCAUCUCCUCGGGCCAGAUUGGGACUGCAACCGAGUGGCUUCUCGGCGACGUCUUCCUGAAGAACGUGUACUUCUCCGUCAACGUCAACAAGAACGAAAUCUCGCUUGCUAAGCUAGUUUAG